AUGCUGCAACAGGCGCAGGUCGGUGUGGGUAUCUCCGGAAGGGAGGGCAGGCAGGCGGUGAACUCCGCUGACUUCGCCAUCUCGCAGUUUCGGUACCUGGUCAGACUGCUGCUUGUGCAUGGUCGCUGGAACUAUCAGCGUGCGUGUAAGUUCGUCAUCUAUAGUUUCUGGAAGAAUGCUGUGCACCUGAGCUGCAAAUUAAGUCGUGUCCUCUUGAUGUUUUACUACACCUUCUACUCCGGCUAUGCAGGUCAGAGCCUCUUCGAGGACAUGGUGCGGGCUUCGUACAACUUCGUCCUUGCGUUUCCUAUCAUCACAACCGGCAUGUUCGAGCGGGAUGUGGAGGAGGAGCAGGUCUUAGCCAACCCUGGUCUCUAUGUGAAUGGGCGUGAAGGCCUUGAUCUCAAUGCAUCCAAACUGGUUGAGAUGCUUCUUUCUGCAGCAGUCCACUCAUGCGUUAUCGGCUUCGUCAUGCUUCUCGUCUGUCGAGACAUGUACCUCUUGCAAGCGGGUGACUACUACACCUUCGGCACGAUUGUGUUCACCGUGCUAGUGAUUGCGAUGAACUAUCGGGCCGCAUUCCUUACGAGGACAUGGAACUGGGUGACGGUUGCUGGGCAACUCUCCUCCUUUCUGACGUACCUGUUGUUCCUUGCUGUCUACUGCAACAAGUCGGUGAGUGACCAACUCCAGCCUUGGAUGUAUGGCGUUCCCACACGCAUGCUGAAGUCUCCUCACUUCUGGUGGCCACCUCAGAUCCCCAAACAAUGCGAGCAUCAAGGAUGCACAGAGCAUCGGAGAGCGUUGUUUCAACAACAAGCACCCAACACAACACACAUGCACUUAGUGGGUACUCUGAGAAGCCUCUGCGACGCCCUCUCGGCUCGUCCCUUCUGUGCCUUGUGA